AUGACAGCUCUUAAGACAAACCUUGGUCGUAUUACACAAAUUAUUGGUCCAGUUCUUGACGUAACUUUCUCACCAAAGAAACUUCCAAACAUCUACAACGCACUUGAAAUUACUGCGAAAGAUGAAUCUGGAAACGACGUAAAAAUCGUAGCUGAAGUACAGCAACUCCUUGGAGAUAACCUCGUUCGUGCAGUAUCAAUGAGUGCAACUGAUGGUUUACAACGUGGAAUGACAGUUGUAGAUACUGGAGCAGCACUUUCUGUACCAGUAGGUAAAACAAUUCUUGGACGUAUUUUUAACGUACUUGGAGACCCUGUAGACGAGCUUGGACCAUGUCCAGCAGAUACAAAACUUCCAAUUCACAAAAACGCUCCAGCAUUCGUUGAUCUUGACACAAACCUCUCAAUUUUCGAAACUGGAAUUAAAGUAGUAGACCUUCUUGCUCCAUACCGUCGUGGUGGAAAAAUUGGUUUAUUCGGUGGUGCUGGUGUUGGUAAGACUGUACUCAUCAUGGAACUCAUCUUUAACAACAACAUUGCAAAAGCACACGGUGGUGUGUCAGUAUUUGCUGGUGUAGGUGAGCGUACUCGUGAAGGAAACGACCUUUACCAAGAGAUGUGUGAAUCUAACGUAAUUAACAAAGGAAACCUUGGUGAUUCUAAGGUAGCUUUAGUGUACGGACAGAUGAACGAACCUCCAGGUGCACGUAUGCGUGUUGGACUUACAGCUCUUACAAUGGCUGAGUACUUCCGUGACGUAAACAACCAAGACGUACUUCUCUUCGUAGAUAACAUUUUCCGUUUUGUACAAGCAGGUUCUGAAGUAUCAGCACUUUUAGGACGUAUGCCAUCAGCAGUAGGUUACCAACCAACUCUUAGUACAGAGAUGGGUGGUCUCCAAGAGCGUAUUACUUCAACAAAAACUGGUUCAAUUACAUCAAUUCAAGCUGUAUAUGUACCUGCGGAUGACCUUACUGACCCAGCGCCAGCAACAACAUUCGCACACUUAGACGCAACAACAGUACUCUCACGUAACUUAGCGGCAAAAGGAAUUUACCCAGCGGUAGACCCUCUUGAUUCAUCAUCAACAAUGCUUCAGCCAUGGAUUCUUGGUAACGAGCACUAUGAUGCAGCGCAAGGUGUUAAGAAGAUGUUACAGCGUUACAAAGAGCUUCAAGAUAUUAUUGCAAUUUUAGGUCUUGAUGAGCUUUCAGAAGAGGACCGUUUAUUAGUAGCGCGUGCGCGUAAAGUUGAACGUUUCCUUUCACAGCCAUUCUUCGUAGCAGAAGUAUUCACUGGAUCACCAGGAAAAUAUGUAACACUUGCCGAAGCAAUUUCUGGAUUCAACAUGAUUUUAAACGGUGAGUUAGAUGACCUCCCAGAGCAGGCAUUCUACCUUGUUGGAAACGUUGAUGAAGUAGUUGAAAAAGCUGCGAAGUUAUAA